GCGAGCUCCCGGCGCUAUUUAAGGCGCGGGGCGGCCAUCGCUCGCCCUUUGCGGCGGGGCAGCGGCGGGCGCGGCAGGGAUCUGCGUGCUGUGCCAGCGCUGCAGGCCGGAGCUGCGGUAGACAUCUCGAAGGAUGCUGAGCUGCGAAUUGGCAAACUGAAACAUGACUGAUACAGAUGAACCCCAGGCUUCUGGCUCUGAUUACCCUGAUGCCCAAGAGCUGAUCAGCCAUCAGCAGAAAGAGACAUCUGAGGUGUGUUCAUGGCAAAGGAAUACGGGAACAGAGCGGUCAAGGCAGAAGGCGGCUGCUUCUGGGGAGUCUUCAAAUCAUCCUAAGGGCAUGUGUAAAUCAUCAGCUGCUUCAGCUGAGGUUUUACUGAUCAGCAGUGAUUCAGAAAGUGAUGUCUCUGCUGCUCGUCCUGAGUGCUCCGUUGCACCUUCCAAGCAGAAAAGGCGAUCUCAGUCUUCAAGGCAACAACCUGAAUCUGUGACACGAAUACCUGACAGUGAAAGCUCCUCAGAUUCUUCAUUGUCUCCCCAAAGUCCAGGGAAAUCAUUGGAAGGUUCCAAGCAGCAGAAGUCAAAACUCAAUUUGAAGGCCAUUUUUGCCUAUCACUUCAGGGGAAGGAAAUUCAAAGCCGCCGCACACCGAAAAUACAAGAAUAACAUGUCACGGAAGAGUAAGAAGAAAAAGUAUGAGAGCACACACAUGCCCACAGGGAGGCCCCCACUGACAGCCUCACCCCAGGAACAGAAGAGGAGGCUUCUUGACAGAGGUGUUCAAUUCCCUUUUGUUGAAAAACAUUAUGGGGAGAAACAUAUUCCCCUAAAGAUGGUUCUUGGCUAUGAGCAAGCAGCUGCAAAGGGAUUUUUCAAGUAUAUUGAAGUGCUUAAAUAUGAAGAACAUCUUAAAAAAGCUUUAAAAGCCCUUCAGGCCAGUGAUGACUUAGAAAAAGAGUGUGUGGUGUUACGGAAACACAAAUACUUAGAUGAUGAAGGCCCCAUUUCCCCUAUUCAGGAGACAGAUGAUGAGGACAGCUUGAAUUCUGAUACUCAGAAACAACUUGAUGCCAGAGUAGUGGAGAACAGCUCUUUCAUUCUAAGCAGCACAAUUCCCAAAAAGAAAAAGUCAAAGCCACGAAGAGAACAUGCAAAACCACCUGAAGUGAUUGAAAUAGUGGAUGAAGAAGAGGGUGCUGAAGAGAAUUCUGUGCCUCUGUAGGGCUUCCCUUGGUGAACGGCAGAUGGACCAAUGGGGUGGCAGUGGUUGUUCUUCAGACACCUCUUUCAUGGGCCUGUUUGGUUUAAAACAUUGGUCUGGAGUCAGUGUUGAGCUCUCCACCCAGCUGCCUGGGCACAUUUGGCUUACUUUUAUGUUGUUUUGGAAGAUGAAAUACCUCUUGGUUUUCUUGCUGCAUAAGAUAAGCAUGCUCACACUGCAGCAGCAGUUGUAACUACUUGGGGAAUCUCUUGAGUUCCUACAGCUGUUUGCUGACCUGAUUCACCAAUCCUUUACUGCAGUGACAUCUGUGCAACAUGGUAGCAAAGGAGGGGCAUCCUUGUGAUGUGUGGAACAGAUUGGAAAGCCUCUACUCAAGUGAAGCGCACCUGAAGUCCAGUCUGAACUAGCAUCUUGGCACUUAAAGAGAGUAAAGGAAGAAAUGCAGGCUGCCAUUUCACAGAAGUCUGAAGCUGCAUCAAGGGUUAGUGUGACAUCUGAAGUUCUGCCUAUACCUUAAAGACUGAGGGGCUCUGGUUGUCAGUAGGCCAGGAGUCUCUCAGACCAAGCGUACUAAUUUGUGAAGGUUUCAGGGACUGUUUUCAACAUUGCACUACUAUAGCUUAAUGGAUCGUUCAUCCUGUUGAGGGAAGAAUUUAUUGUAACUUAAGUUUGCCCAAGGAAUGUUAAUAUAAAUUCCUCAGUCAAGAACAAGGUGAACAGGUUAACUGCUUAAACUGAUAGUUUUGUGUUCAUCAGUAAGUUACAUGUGAUAGGAGAUUUACAGGGAGGAUUCUGCAGAGUUGUGUGGAUAAUUCCCAUUGAUGUUUGCUUCUCAGGUAACUUGUAAUUUAAAACUUCCUAAUAUGAAGGAGAUGGUAGUGUAUAAUUUACCCUUUUCCUUCCCCAAAAUGUCUUGAAACAACAUAAAAUGAUACUUACUGUGAUCUGUACCAGAUACCUUCCCAGUCUGCUUGAUUUUUAUUUACUAUCUUUUGUGUUAUAGUACCAGAAUUGCUGAGGUCUAUCCCGAUGGGAUCUUUUCUGUAGGUUCAUGUCGUUGGAAACGCCUCACAGAAUAAACUUGUGGUUUGGCUUUACCCACUUAACUACCUGUUAGCUCUGUGGGAUAAAACUGCAAGACAAAUCUUAGAGUAGAAUCUGAGGAAUGCAGGAUGUCAAAUGUUCUCCUUUAGGUGUACUGAAACAUGCUUGGAAUACAAAACAAAGAGUAUGAUUCAAAUAAAAAAGCUCAGUUAAGCUUGGUUGGAGUAAAACGUCUGCAUUCUGGGACUUCAGGUGCAACUGACAUUCUGAAUAACAUGGGCUGAACUUGGUCUCUUCCCCAGGUUUUUGUGUAGACACCUGACUUGUAACACGAUUUUUUUGCUGCUUGUUUUCUGGAUGGCUUGAAACAGUCUAUUCCCCCCUUUAAUCAUGCAGGAGGGGUUAUUAUUUCUUGUUUCAGUGGCUGUAGGUUAGAAGAGACAGCACUGUCUCUUAGAAGUUACAAAGUAACUUCUUGAAUUUACUGCAUUUUUGUGUUGUAUUGAGAGAUGCUCCACAGUUUCAUACUGAGCAGCAGCAAUGUUUGUUUAUUUUCUUCAAGUAUGGGGUCUAAAGAGUUACUUCUGAACAUUUCUGAGCAGCUCAGCCAGUUUACUGCUAUACUGUUAAAAUCCCUGGAUUCUCUUCUAUGGAACAAAGAGUUCAAAGUAAAAGAAGCAAAGUACUCUUGAAGAAGUAUAAAUCUUCACAUAGGAGAAUUCUGAAGCUGCUGUUCAUGGUAGCCUGUUCUCUAUCUCAGCUGCAUUGCAGUUUUGUGAAGAGUACCUCUUACUCCCUGACACCCACUGGUGCGUGCAAGAAGCAGAAACGUACAAUGAGCUGUUGUGGUUGAAGGUCUGUGGCUGCUGCAGUGUUACCUGCACCCAGCAGCCUUCUCCUUGAUGGGAUGUCAAAAAGCAGUGCUACACCAGCGCAGCAUUUGGCAUCCUUGGUUUUCAGUCUGCUGUCUGUUAAACCUGGUAUUUUUGCUGAAACAGUCUUUAACCUCUUCAGGAGUUCAGUGUACUUUCUAUUUUCAUGUAACAAAUGAAAAUGGAUGUUUUCAUUUGUCUUCAUUUUGAUUAUCUGUGAAAACUGGCUACUGGCCUCUGGAACUCAGCAAGUGCAUUCAAUUCUUUCUUACAGGUGCUUGAGGAUACAGAAUGAAGUGAACUGCCCUGAGUUAAAAAGAUUGAAGCAAGUUGUUUGACAGGGUCUGCCACCAAGUUGCUUCAUGUCAGAGGGAUGAGAAGCACCAUGUGGGAGCUACCAAAGUGAGUGUGAAGAUCUUGCUGAUGUUGCUGCAAGCCUGUUCCAAAGAACUGCACCGCUGUUCUGAAAAAAGAAAGAACCUGUCCUAGAGUGUUCAUUGUAUUUUUUUGAAUUAAACAUUUAUUUUAACUUGCUACUCCAUGCUCUACUGAUAAUCCCAGAAUUACAAACAGCCUCCACCUGACUCCAUGGAGUUUACCAAA